AUGGAUAAAGAGAUUAAGAAUAAAGCUAAGAAUGCACGUCGUGGUGCAAAAGGUUCUCUGACGAGAGCAAUGAAUGUUACAAAUGAACUGAUUGAAGCAAGUCUUUCGAAAAGUGAAGUAAAGCAAGCCUUUGAAGAGUUACGAAGGGCUCAUGAAGGAUUAGUGAUGAAACAUGAAGAAUUUACUAUGUUAUUAGAUGACGAAGAGUUUGAAGAAGCUGAAAAGUGGAUGCAAGUCUGCACCAGUGAGUACGUAGCCUUUACUAUGCGUUAUCAUGAUUAUAUUAAGAAAAUAGAUGAGGAUAAAAAUAAACAGAAUGUUAGUGACAGUGUCGUUGGUGAAUCGAGUGAAGAGAACAAUGAGGAAAGUAAUGAUAGUCAAGGAAGUAACAAUCUGAUCGAACAGUCUACUGUUUAUAAUGAGAACAAUCACCCAAGCACGAUGCAAAACCCUGAAAUGAUACAACACAGUCCGAGUUCAGCCAAGCUCUUUACUGUUAAGCAUGAAAAAGCCAAAUUACCUGCGUUUACUGUGAUGUUCGGCAAUAUUUCAUAUUUAAGUCAGAUUUUAAACACGCUGUCGAAGCACAAUAUUCCGAAAGAGAUACAUUGA